CCAGAGAAGAAGAGGGAAGACUUCCGGUAAAAAUACCAACACAUGUGCUGAAGUCCUCUUAGCUCACAGUAAAGUUUGGUUAAAGGGUUUAUCCUGGAGGAAGAAAAAUGAUUUCUAAACCCCACACAUGUCGCUGUGUUCUUCUUCUUCUGUAGUGUGGAAGAAGCUGCUGUUCGUGGAAAACUAAGAAACACUGAGACAUUAGAGCGCAGUCAUGACGAGGUGGGCGAGAGCAAAUAACGUCCAUAAACACAAACCAGCAGAGGCCACUCCAUGGAGUCAGCUGAGAGCAGGAGGAGGAAGAGGAAGAGGAGGCAGUCACCCAGGCGCCUCUGGUGACCCCACUGUUACUAAACAAGGACCUCAGAGGGAUCACCUGAGACGGACUCAGCCCGGGGGAUCAGCUGUGAAAAAACCCAACCGUAAGAAGAAGGACUACGUCAGUGAGGACGUGAACGGGUUCCUGGAGUAUCUCCAGCAGACCGGACAGCCGCUGCCCAGAGGAGAUAAAGGAGGGAGGGAGGAGGAGCAGGAGCUCAGGGAGGAGGUGGAAACUGCACUGAAGAAAGACAAGAGGAGAGAGGACAGACGGAUAAAGAGACAGAAAGACAAGAAGAACAAAAUGCUGUGUUUUAACUGCAGGAAGCCCGGCCACGGUCUGGCAGACUGUCCGGAGGCAGACAGAGACGAGGAGAUGGGCCGAGGCAUCUGCUACCGCUGCGGCUCCACCGAGCACGAAAUCCACAAAUGUAAAGCUAAAGUGGAUCCUGCUCUGGGUGAUUACCCGUAUGCAAAGUGCUUCAUCUGCGGUCAGACUGGACACCUGUCACGAUCCUGCCCAGAUAAUCCUAAAGGACUCUACGCACAAGGAGGCUGCUGUCGGGUUUGUGGUUCAGUGGAACAUUUUCAGAAGGACUGUCCAGAGCACCAGGCUGCAACGAACUCUGUGACAGUGGGCUGGUUGUCCAACAACAUGAGUGCAGACCAUGAGGAAGUCCAUGUCCCAGUGAAGAAAGCCAAACCCAAACAGACUAAGGUGGUGAUGUUCUGACCUGCUGAGAUCGUCCACGGCUCGACAGACAGACAGACGGACGGACGGACAGUGACUCCGCUCAGAGUUUACACUCUCACCUCUAACCCGCCUCAGCUCCUGGACUCUGAUACACAGACUCAUUCCCACUCAUACGCAGUGAAGCUGUUCAGAUACAGUCUGGUUCUCUUUGUGUAUAACUGAGGCCUUUUUUAAAUAAAGUGUUGCUUCUGUAAAACACAGUGUCCUCACACUCAGCAACCAGGCAGCAUCUCACCCAUCUCAGGUGACUUUGGUUUUAAUAUGGCUGUAAUGUGCAGACACGGCCACUCGGAGGCAGCACUGAGCUGCUGCAGGAAACAGUUUU